GAUCCGGAUGUUAAUACAGAAAAAAGAGUGCUUGUUUUCAAGUGUCAAUAUUUUAUUAAAAUUGAAUGAAACAGAAGCAAAAAAUGUUCUUUUUGCAGAGAACUUGACUGAAUUUGACACUCUAUUGCAGAAAUUGAUAGUUUUCAGUGUAAAUAUUGGAAAAACCAUAGCUUGUGGAAGUCAGAAAAUUAGUCGUUUGUAGCCGAUUGACUCCUUUCCGGUAGGGUUAUGUAUUUGUACUCAAUUUUGACAGCCGGGUCAAUGGUCAACGUGGUGUUUUCUUGUGAUUAUAUUUUGUGUCUUGAAUUGUUCUAGAGAUGCCAUGUCCUUGUUUUUCAAUUGGGGUGUGUAUAAAGUCAAAAGCCAGGCCCAGGAGUAACCAGGAGUAAUGAUGAGCAGCUAGCCAGCCAGCCGGCCAGCCAGCCCUUAUUGGUGUACAACAACAUAUGAGUCCAGUUAUUCCAUGUGUACCGAGAAAGACAGAGCGGUUCCACCAGCUGUUGGUUGCCCCUCCACCACACACGUGCGAAUGUCGCCGACAUCUACUACAAUCUCCAUCGUAGCAGCCAACAGUGGCGUUCAAGACAUGAGGUUGAGGACAUUCUCCGGUUUCGGUCUCAGCAGGCGGACAUUGCUGGACUGCCCGUCACAGUCUGGAGUUGCAAGUGGCGCCCCAUCUGCACCAGUGCGAGACACUAAGUGGAAGUCUUCAGUUGUCAAUCUAGUUGUGGACCGCAGCUGCCCUGGACCUGCAGAGAUGGUACAAUCAAGCUUCAACCCCUUAUUCCAAGGAUGGUGCCCGGCCUUGAACAUAGUGCGUUUACGACGUGAAUCCCCUCUCAUUAUUGUGGAUAUAGCUGUAUUCCGUUCUUGUGCAAGUGCAAAAGUGAUGGAAAUUCUCAUUUGGACCUCUACUUGUGUAUAUUUGUGUUUAUUUAUGAACUGGAAACAAUAGGAUGUUGAUAAGACAGAGCCUAAUUACCUUGAAAAGGGGACUCAUCGUUCUGCCCACUUGAGGUGUGCUGAAAGGCUUAUCAGAUGUCAUCCUUCAAACCCCCUUAUAAUUGGAUCCAAUGGAUAGAAUUUCAUGAUUAACCUCUCUGUGUCAUUGUAAGGUUGCAUUG